UUUACGGUCAAUGCGUUUGCAUACCUUGCUUUACUCCUUGGUAUGUCUUGGCAAGUAGGCCAAGGACGGGCCAAGAAACAGCCAAGACCAGAGCGUGAAGAAAUAUAAAAGCCAGAGAAAGCAGGAUGGAUAUCAGUCUAUCCUCUACUCUGCCUUCUGAAGCUGCGACUGUAAUACCAGUAACAUACGCCACGAUGUCAUAUCAACGAGUAGUAUCUUUUCAGUUACCAUCACCCAGCGAAGCAACGUACCAUUACUGGGUCGAGAUGCUCGAAGCCAUUGUGGAAGACGGCCUGAGAUGUCGAAGGAGCGUUUCUGAUCAGUCCAUCAAAUCACCGCGAAAGCUAGCGCCUUCAACCUCUAAGGUACAUGGCGGUAGAGUAGGAUCUUUGGCAUACUUCCUGCUGCCGUCGACCAAAUCGGAGUUACCGAGAGUGUGCAUUGAGGGCCGACUGCAAGCGGCAUGCGAGGAGACUCUUGAUCGAGCCAGCAACGUGAAUGGGAUUCCAUUUUCAAGGGGCGUAGAAUCCAGUGUAGCAGAAGAUACUUUAGAACUCGCCCAACGAAUCCUGUCUAUUGUGAACUGUGAUGCCCUCGUGAUCGACACCAAACUCGUUGUUGACAACCCUUCAACCCCCGCUGAGAACUUUGGAUCCGACUGCACUCUAUCCCCCAACAUCAAUCUGUUCAGUUCAACGUUGCGCAUCGUUGCAGGCACUGAAACCCGAUAUCGGGUAAUCCAAAAUAGAAGACCAAAGACUGCUUUUAACAUCGUCGAGGUGGCAUACAAGUUGACAAAAGAAAUGUGCGACCUCUUGACCGGCAAACCGGAUUAUGCGGAUCAGAACCUCACGAAAAGAAGGGAAAAACCUGUCUCUGCAACAAAAUGCAGGACAUAUAACGAGUUCAGAACUUCAAGGGGAACUGUGAAAGUUGGUGGGAGAUGAUUAUGGAUACGUUGUAUACCCUCUGUACAUUAGUAAAUUUCAAAGUGUAGGACAUGCUAGUGAGCGAAACCUGUGUCUGCACCAAUGCCUAAUAAAUUCGCUCC